AAUGACUCGAGUAUGGUUCCGUCUGAUCGCUGUGUAGUGGUGCGUUUCGAGGUUUACAGAAACAGAAUGAAAAAACACUGAGCGACCUCACGGACAACGACUGUAUCAAGAAAGGUAUGUAAAUUUAUAAGCCAAAGCGAGACCAGUUCAUUUGCGGUAUUUAACCGUGUAUCAUAAGCGAUUGCAAAAUCCCUUGGUUCGAACUCUGAUGAGAAUUUCAUGCCGCGGUCGUCAGUAAAAAUCUCUCAGGACGGCAAUGGACCCUACACCAACAGUAAUUCAACAAUUGGUCGCUAGAACUUACAAUAAAUCCUGCGGUAUUUUGGGCAUUUUUAAAAAAAUAUAGUUCGUCACCGCAGAGAUCGUGCUGCUUAGCACGGCUUUGAAACGCUUCUAUUUUGCCUUUAUACGUUUAAGUCUUGCCUCAAACCUUUCGUUCGUAAACAGGCGGCAUGGCUUCUUUUUUGGUACAAGAAAAUUAAGACUGCAAAAUGAAUUUCGGUUCCGCAUAUAUCGUGACAUUUAUUUCCAAAUAUGUUUGCGUGACAAAUAAGGGGUCGUUUAUUUUGUUGUUGCCGUUUUUCUUUACCGUUUUUUGUUGUUGUUGGAUUCGUAUUUUAUUUGUAGAUUUUGGGAUUGAAUAUUUUCAGAUUGUGCAUUUGCAAUGUUUCUAACUGGAUAAUCGUGGUCGCCAACGCGACGAUCUGUUUCUGCUGAAACAGAUCUUGAAUUCCGGAAAAACGUCACGUCUGCUCUUGCAGGUAACUCGAUCUCAUCCCUCCCAUCGAAAUGAUACCAAAAGCCAAACAUAGUCAAGAAGCAAAAGCCAUGCCAAAAUGCUACCGAACAGAUUUACUUUCAAUAAGAAAACAGCAAAACCAAAAGUUCGUCCAACAUAAAGACUGCUUUUGCAAAUCACAAGUAUGUGUCGAACUGUGGCCUGUCAUGCCCCCGUCAUGCCUUGAUUUUUAAAAAAGCGUAGUCUCCAGCUCCCUCGCAGCCGCUUUUGUCUCGUCACGCAACGCUCCGUGACGAAACAAAAACCGCUGCGAAUCUCGGUUUUCACUGUCACGCAAUCAAAAAUAAAAUUGCAAACCAUUAAAUACAGAAAGUCCAGAGUAUAGGAAAUAAAAGAAGAUAAAUAUGCAAAAGGCCUCGCCUAGAAUCAGGUCUGUGCGAUAUUUCAUAUGCGAGAUAUAGGGAAAAACGUUUUAUCCAAAUUUAUAAAGCUUCGUAUGGAGAUGCCAUAAUUGUGUCCCUUUGUGGGGCACAAAUAUGGCCGCCCAAAACCAACAGAAACAUCUGUUUUUGAGUUUUCCUACUGAUGCAUGAAUUCAUCGCUUGAAAAACUCUUAAAGGAUUAAAGUGAUAUUAAAAUUUUAUUCUGAGACAAGGAAUGUUUAGAUAGCAAAAUCUCCCAAAAUUGGUAAUGUUUUUAACCCACAUAAGAGCCUUCUUGGCCGCCAGCUNCGCAAUCAAAAAUAAAAUUGCAAACCAUUAAAUACAGAAAGUCCAGAGUAUAGGAAAUAAAAGAAGAUAAAUAUGCAAAAGGCCUCGCCUAGAAUCAGGUCUGUGCGAUAUUUCAUAUGCGAGAUAUAGGGAAAAACGUUUUAUCCAAAUUUAUAAAGCUUCGUAUGGAGAUGCCAUAAUUGUGUCCCUUUGUGGGGCACAAAUAUGGCCGCCCAAAACCAACAGAAACAUCUGUUUUUGAGUUUUCCUACUGAUGCAUGAAUUCAUCGCUUGAAAAACUCUUAAAGGAUUAAAGUGAUAUUAAAAUUUUAUUCUGAGACAAGGAAUGUUUAGAUAGCAAAAUCUCCCAAAAUUGGUUAUGUUUUUAACCCACAUAAGAGCCUUCUUGGCCGCCAGCUAAAUGCCGCGUCACGCAAAAGCCUAGAAAUUCAAACGUCCUCUAUCGCAAAAGGAAGAACUCUUUCGAACCAAAACUUUGUUUAAAUAAAGGUGUUUAGGUGCUGUCAUACCUCAUGAAACUCAGAAACUCAGAAGAAAUGAUAGUUUCUUAGUUUGAAUUUUGGUGACGUCAUGUGAAAACCGAGAAUUAAAGGGUGAAGCUUAAUUUUUCUUGACACUUCUGGUGAAUCAUUAUGUGACAAAGCAGUAUUGCAUGACUCUAACUGGUGCUUUUGUUUUAUAUGGGUUGCUCUGAUUAAUCUAAAAGAAGUUGCUAGUCUCUUUUCUCUCAACUUAAAUCGUAGCUAAUUGCUUUCCUUUAAAAAGAAUUACAUUUCUGUUUUGGUAGUGAUUUGAUAAAUAACAAAAGUAUCCAUAAUAGUUGUCAGUUAGCAAGUGGGGGGCCUAUGAUGGAACAGCCUGUGUUCAGGUUUCUUAGUCACACACAAGCUAUAGUUAGCAUUUCAUUUGGGGAGCAAGGGGAGAGGGGGGGGGGAGCAGGAUCCUUGAAGCCAGAGCCAGGGGCAGCUAGUGCUUGUCAGGGUGAAAAAAAAUGGGCAAAAUUGCUACAGGCAAAGUUUACAACAAACUUGUCAUGGGUGGAUUUAGGGGUUGUUCACGGCCCUCCCUUAUUAUUAUUUUUUUAAGAAUUCUUAGGAAAAUAAUAGUAUCUAUAUAGCUGGCAAGUGUCCUGCCCCACCCCCUACAGCAACCUCGUCAUGGGUGGGUUAAGGAGCAGUCAGAGGUGACUUUCUGUGGAAUUUUUUAGUAAUUUUUAAAGAAUUCUUAGUAAAAUAACUAGUAUAGUAUUAGUAAAAUAGCUAAUAUCUAAAUAGCUGCCAAGCGUUCAUGAUGAUGCUGACGAAACAUUUUACUGACCUGUUUUAGUUUUAGCCGCGUUAUUGAGCUGGACUGACUAAAAUUCAACGGUCUCUUGUGUCAAUAUUUAUUAAUAAUAAUCCUGUUUCAAGUUUUUUUUCGUACUUUUUUUCGGUUUCAGACGGAAGAUUCGGUUGAGCUGAGAACUGAAAUACAGAAUUUUCUUUCAACAGGACGAAAUACUGGUGUUUAGAAAAUACCCUUGACGACUUUCUUCAUUAAUUCCAACUGCCUUUCAAAAAAUGACAACUGCACCAAGCAAUGGAGACUCCCUGCAAAUGACGUGCAGCACAGCCAAAGAAAUCGCCAGAAUUUCUGAGGGAGUGGUCUUUUUUCUUAUAUUCCUUGGAGUCGUCAUUAAUGCAACUGUCUGUGGAAUCAUGAUGCGCAACAAGUGCGUGUUAAAGAACUUGUCGAACUUUUUCGUGUUUCACUUGUCCGUGGUGGAUUUGAUUUUUCGCUUGACUACAGUGGGGCCAUUGAUAUACCUGAGUACAGUGUAUACCAGAGAAGAGGCUAGCAUUCCUUGCAAGCUCUUUCAUUUCUUCUCUGCCAUUUGUGGUGCGGCUUUUUUUGUCACGCUUGUUGUCAUCUCCGUCGACGUGUACCGUGAUGCGGCUUCUCCCUUAAAAGGCAUUAUGUCACGCCGCACGCCAUUCUUGGUCUUACUCGGUGUAUGGCUAUAUGCAGCUAUGUGCUCUGGACCUGUCAUGUACAGCGCUGAGAGUAUCCUCUACACCGAAAUCCCCGAAAUGAGCUCAAACGUGACUCAAGAACUAAGAAACUGCAGCGUUCCCAAGUUGUGCGAUUAUCUAAGAAAUUGGGGCGGACAGCUCUCUUCGACCCUCUUUUUUGUCAUGGCAUUGCUAGCACCCCUAGCUGUCAUAGUAACCCUGUUUUUCAUCACCUAUGCCUACCUACACAGAGAUAAAAGCAACGGUACCAUCAGUAAUGAGACCGCCGGCGUCAAGCGGAAGGUGACACGCAUGUUAGGGGUCCUGUAUCUGGGUGUGGUCCUGUGCUGGGGACCCAACAUCGUAAUCACCAUGUUACGCUCGUAUGACGUCAUGGAUGAUGCUCCCUCGGAUGUUGUGCUGAUACUGACGAUUGCCUCGGAGAUGACGAAGUUCUUGAAUUCGUUAUUCAAUCCCUUGAUUUUUGCCUAUUAUAUACCCAACUUCAAGAAGGACUGGUUUGGAUUGUGUUCUUGUUGCAAGUGUUGCCGUGAUGACGAAGUCCAGCAUCCACCUCUUCGAAAACCACACCUCCACAUGGUGCAGUCUACGGAAUACCGUGAUAGUCAAACGAUGAUGUAA